AUGAGAAAUAGAAAUGAAAUAGCAGAACUUCUUAUUUCACAUGGCAUAAAUAUCAAUGAAAAAGAUGAAGAUGGAAAAACCGCUCUUCAUUAUGCAGCAUAUAAUAAUAGUGAAGAAACAGUCGAACUCCUUAUUUCACGUGGUGCGAAUAUCAAUGAAAAAGAUGAAAGAGGAAGAACAGCUCUUCAUGUUGCAGCACGUUAUAAUAAUAAAAAACCAGCCAAAGUUCUUAUUUCACAUGGUGCAAAUAUCAAUGAAAAAGAUGAAGAUGGACAAACCGCUCUUCAUCAAGCAGCAUCUAAAAAUAGUACAGAAACAGCCGAACUUCUUAUUUCACAUGGUGCGAAUAUCAAUGAAAAAGAUGAAAGAGGAAGAACAGCUCUUCAUUAUGCAGCAGAAAAUAAUAGUGAAGAAACAGCCGAAUUCCUUAUUUCACAUGGCGCAAAUAUCAAUGAAAUAAAUAAAGAUGGACAAACCGCUCUUCAUCAAGCAGCAUCUAAAAAUAGUACAGAAACAGCCGAACUUCUUAUUUCACAUGGUGCGAAUAUCAAUGAAAAAGAUGAAAGAGGAAGAACAGCUCUUCAUUAUGCAGCAGAAAAUAAUAGUGAAGAAACAGCCGAAUUCCUUAUUUCACAUGGUGCAAAUAUCAAUGAAAAAGAUGAAGAUGGACAAACCGCUCUUCAUAUUGCAGCAGAAAAUAAUAGUGAAGAAGCAGCCGAACUCCUUAUUUCACAUGGUGCAAAUAUCAAUGAAAAAGAUGAAAGAGGAAAAUAA